AUGGUCGUUCGCCCUGCUUCUAGCCAGAGCAAUAAUGUAAAAGCUACUGAGCAAGAAAUGGACGUGAUCAUGACAGAUCCGUUUAAAUACGUCUCGGAUCACGUGAAAAGAAAAAUCCGAAACUUGGAGAAGCGAAAAGAGAAACUCGACGGAUACAAGGCAAAACUGGCGAAGGGUGAUAAACUCAACAAUGAUCAGCACGAAGCUAUCGCAAAGUACGGAGAAGUAAUUGGCAUGCUCACUUUCGCUACUGAAAUCACGGGGCACCUGACGGGACUCGAGAAUUCAGUCAAGAAAGAGCGAAAGAAGCGCAACCGACGGGAGCAAAUCAAGCAGCAACAGGAAAAAAUGGACCUGAUGGCACGAGCAAUCGAAACCUUGACGCUGAUGCAUCUCCCAGAAGCUCAUGAGGAGCCAUCUGUCUCUCCGCUCCGAGACCAAACGCUCUUCAGUCCCAGUCCUGGAGUUCACCUUGCUGACUGCUCCGCCGACACCGCCAAGCUUCUUGUUGAUAUCUUCGACGAGGACAAAGCCGAUGCCGAAGUGUUCUCGACUGAUGAUGGUCCUGUUACUUACAAGCAAGUUCGAGAUACUCUUGAUUCCAUCCGACCAAAGUACAACCCCGUUCCCGAGUACGACGACCAAACUACUCCUGACGAGACGAUCGACGAAAACGUCGAUGGCGAGGAAAACGGACACGAGCAACUUCCCGAGGACGAAACGUACGAAAACGGUGGAGAUACAGAGGUGUCUUCACCUGUUGUUGUCAACGCAGAUGAAGUAUCGCAAAUCGAUGAUGAAUACGUCGAGGUCUCGAAAGAAGAAGUCGUCGAGGCGGCAAACAACGAGACUGAACAACGCGACCCACCAACCCUCGAUUCCCUUGACUUUCAGCAACCCUCGCUUGAGAACAUCCCGAUGCCACAAGUUCAAACCCCCCUUGAAUUUGUCAACCGAGAAGUCUACGGCGAGGAACAACAGAUUCAGGAGAUCCUUGUAGAAGUUUCGAGUGGAUUCAACUUCCUUGCUCCUGCUGAUGUUCCAGUGGAAGAACAAGAGCCUGAAGAGCCUGCACCCCAAGGCAUUUCUUUUGGCUUCGACUACAAUAGCACCGUUCAAGGAUUUGCUCAAGAACCCGCUGCCCCAGAACCCGUCGCUCCGUCUUCUUCAUCUCAACAACUCCAGGCUCAGCAUCAACUCCAGCAGCAGCAGCAACAACAGCAGCAACAUCAGAUGCAAAGCCACCAAGCUCCUGCUAACCUUCAGCAUCAACAACAACAGCCCUCAGCCCGUCAAGAGAGCAAUUACACGAACCGUGCGUCUGAAUUCACUCAGCCACCACCAAACCCCGCUGCCCAGCGCCCACAACAGCAGAGGCAAGCGCCCCCUCAACAGUACCAGCCCCAGCACUCGCCCCCACCAACUGAGGACCAAAAAGACAACCUCACCUGGCAGCAACAACUCCCUGCUCAGAAAAGCUACCGCGGUGGAUCAUCUGGCGGAAACUACAGCUACAAAAACAGUCAGAGAUACCAGAGAAGUUUUCAAGGUGGAAAUCGUGUUAAUGGCGAAGGCGAUGGCCACAAUCGCGGUCAGCGAGUAAACGGCGGCGGUCCAAGAGGCGUUUCUGGUCAGUAUCGACGUGGUGGACGCGGAGGUGCACCUCAGAAGAAAUAA